AUGUUCUUCCUGCGCCAGCUCACUCACAACAUCCUGCUGCACCCGUCGUACUUUGGCGCGCAGCUGGAAGAGUAUGUUCGGCAAAAGCUGUACGAGGAUGUCGAGGGGACAUGUAACGGCAAGUACGGCUACAUCAUCUCGGUCGUGACGAUCAACGACAUUGGUGAAGGCAAGGUCAUGCCGUCCACUGGCCAGGCGCGCUUCAAGUGCGUCUACACUGCCAUUGUCAUGAAGCCCUUCAAGGGCGAGGUGGUCGACGGCAAGGUCGUCAUUGUCAACAAGCUCGGCUUCUUAACCAUGGUCGGGCCUCUCGAGGUCUUUGUCGCGUACCAGCUCCUGCACGCGGAUAUGAAGUUUGACCCUACGACUUCGCCGCACUCGUACCGAUCGGGCGACCAGGUCAUCGCCAAGGGCACAAAGGUGCGGAUGGAGAUUGUGGGAUGCAAGAUGGAGGCGAACGGCAUCUCGGCCAUUGCGACUGUCAAGAAGGACUACCUGGGUCCGAUUGACGACGACGAUGUCGACAGGGACAUGUUCGCCUGA